AAGAGGCAAGACACCUUAUCUAACCACUUCGUUAACUUCCCAUCGUGGUCUGGGUGACACAGUGUCUAUUUCUCACCAAGCAAGCCAUGGCCACUCCUAAAAGUGGCUUCGUCAUAGGCGCACUCACGGUGGCCAUAGCACUUUUCGCCAUAUACCUCUCAUCAUUUACUGAUGUUCUUGUUGAAAAUAUCACUGGUUACUGCGGACUCGUCUUUCCGAAAACACCCGUCUCACUACCCAGAGUUUAUGACACUCAUCAUGGCAUCGAAUAUAUUGGCAGUCUGUCAAAUGAUGUAGAACAUUUCCAAAACAUCUUCUAUGCAGAGGAGCCAACUGGUCUCCGACGCUUCGCUCCUCCUGUUCCAGUCCGCCCGUCGAAAGGGUCCGUGAUCGAUGCAUCCCAGCCUGGAGCGUGGUGCCCCCAGGGCACAGGUGAUAUCCUGCCUUUCACGAGUAGAGUGUCAAACAUCAGCGAGAAUUGUCUAAGCUUGAGGGUUGCUCGCCCGACCGGUGUCAAAGAACAGGAUAGACUUCCUGUUGUGGUGUGGUUGCAUGGAGGUGGCCAUGCUCUGGGUUCUGCUUCUGACAUCCUUUACAACCCGGAAGGGCUGCUUCAGGGGGCCGUGGCGGCGGGGAAGCCGUUGAUAUAUGUCGGAAUAAACUACCGAUUAGGAUUCUUUGGAUUUGCGACCAGUAGGGCCAUGAUUGAGAAGAAGCAGACGAAUGCCGGACUGCGGGAUCAGCGCGCUGCAUUGGAAUGGGUUCGAGACAACAUCGAAGCAUUUGGGGGCGACCCCAGCAGAGUAACUGCCAUCGGGCAGAGCGUUGGGGCCAGUGACAUCGGCUUGCACUUGACAUCUUUCAAUGGCACCAAAGGUGUCCCAUUCCAACGAGCCAUCAUGAUGUCUGGAGCCCCGGGUCUCAACUUCAACAGUGACUCAACUUUGGUAUCAGAGAACACCGCAAACAUCGCGCGUGAGGUUGGUUGCGUUGCCACCAACGACGCCGAAUCCUCCGAGACCCUUGAAUGUCUUCGACGUAUCCCCUUCGAAACUCUAACAAAUCUCUCCGUUACGUCGUCACGUGCAGCUCGUCCCCCAUUCGGAGAAGGUUUCUUCUAUCCGACCAUUGAUGGCGACGUUCUCCCCGCCCGACCUUCUGAGCUCCUACGUGCGGGCAAGUUCGUCAAAGAUAUUCCUAUCAUUGCUUCGUGGGUCACCAACGAUGGAGCCUGGUAUGCCCCACCAACAACCUCCACCGACGAUGAAGUGCUUGCUAGCUUUGGACUAUGGUUGUCGAAGCUCUCCCCUGCCACAAAAGAAAGACUUCUAGCUUUAUAUCCGGUCACAGACUUCGCGCAUAUGGUCCGCGAAAGGUACGACGGCCCUAUAUCAUCCCAGUACUACCGCGCCGCGCAAAUGAAUCGCGAUAUCUGGUUCACCUGUCCAGUGCUUGAUUUUGCAUGGCAGUACGCUCAGAAAGGAUGGACCACCACAUCUAAAAUAUGGCUCUACGAGCAUAAUGCGACCAGAUACGCGCCAGUAUUCGAAAUGAUGGGCGUACCGAUGUGGCGCGUUGCUCAUCUCAGUGAUAUUCCCUAUGUCUUGAACAAUGCUAACCUGGAGGGUGGGGCUGAUAACUCCCCAGAACAAAUGGAGUUGGCACGGGAGGUGAGCAGACAGGUGAUUGGGUUUGCGCAUGAUGCGAGUCCGAGUGACACAUGGCCUGCUGCAUUCUCAGGGAUGAGUGAACAGGGACUUUCCAAGAAAUCUCCUGAUCAGCUGUCGAUUCAGGUUUUCGGGGGUGUUAUGGGCUCGGGGGCGAUCGGAGUCAGCAAAGACGCGGAUGCAGGAGGAUCUACAGAAGCAGAGAAGGCAGUUUUAUGGGAAAGGCUGUUUGACCGGUGCGAAUUCAUCAAUAGUGCGCGGAUGCGAGCGGAGGCUGGAGUAUAGUCUUACCUGCAGGAUUUUAACCCUACUGUAUGCCUGCCAUGAGAGAUUUGUGGAAGGUAUAGGUUAUGGGAGCAAUAAUAUCUAGAUGCGCGUAC